AUGAGAGAAAUUACGGAGUUGGAACUACAAACUCCAUCUACACCACAAGUUGAUGAGGAUGACACAGUGUUUGUGGCUUUAGGAAAAGAUGUGAAGAAGGAUGAAAAAGUUCUCAUGUGGGCUUUGCACAAUUCCAGAGGAAGGAAAAUUUGUAUUCUUCAUGUUCAUCAGCCUGCUCGGAUGAUACCCAUGAUGGGUUCAAAAGUUUCAAUUAACCUGCUGGACGAACAUAUAGUUAGCGCAUAUCAUGACAAUGAGAGACAAGGGAAGCAAAAGAUUCUGGAGAAGUAUGUUCAGACUUGUGGCCUUGCAGGGGUAUCGUCUAUUGUCCGUCUUCCAUAA